UAUGUCGGCUCACAUGAAAGCAGAUGCGUGAAGUGAUUCCACUCACAACGAUAUGUGAAACGGCAUCGCGUUGCGUCUUCUCGCGUCUGCUUUCCUUUUGUGGAGAUUCGGCAUUUCACCUAGAAUAUGGAUCCAGCUCUUAAAAAGGAGCAUGCCGCCUUCAAAAAGAGGGCUCUUGCCACUCCUAGUGUUGAGAAGAAGAAAGCAAAGAGUGGCCAUGCUUCAGCAGGAGUUGGAGGAGAAAACAGGAAGAAAGCUUCUGCCCCAGCAUCAGCACCUGUGUCUGUACUCAGCUACAAGGGCUUGGCAGGUAGUUCCCAGUAUCGAUUCACAGUGCUGGCUAGGAUUGUGAAGUUCAUGAAGCAGAGACACCUAGAAGGAGAUGCCUAUCCACUCACACUUGAACAGAUCCUUGAUGAAACCUCACAGUUGGAUUGGUUGCUGACAGAAGCACUAAAGAGCAAUCCCAAGAUUGAGGAAGUGAGCGAUGGGGCAUUCGUCUUCAAACCUCCUUAUAAAAUUGAAAAUAAGAAGAGCCUCUUGUCCUUGCUCAAGAAGCAUGACCUCAAGGGAUUUGGUGGGAUUCUCCUAGAAGACAUUCAGGAAUCUCUGCCCAAGUCUGAUAAGUGCCUCAAGCAACUCGGUUCAGAAGUCCUCUAUGUGACUCGACCAAUUGACAAGAAACAGAUUGUCUUCUACAAUGACCGCUCUGCUGACUUUGCGGUUGAUGAGGAAUUUCAGAAGCUGUGGAGAAGUGUUGCUGUGGAUGGCAUUGAUGAUAAGAAAAUUGAGGAGUACCUGGAGAAACAUGGAAUUCGUUUCAUGCAAGACAAUGGAGCAAAGAAGGCAGGUCCAAUUCUUAAGAGAAAGAAGGGGGCUAAUCGCAAGAAGGUAUUCAAGAAACCUCGUGAUAAUGAGCACCUGGGAGACAUCCUUGAAACCUAUGAGUGAAGCUGAAUUCUGUGAUAGAAACUCUUUUAAUUCAACCUUGUGAAUAGAUUCAUUUGGAAAGAGAAAUGAUUGAAUGAAUCUUCAACAUUCUAUACUCUUUGAAAAAAAAUUGCUUUCCCUUUGCUUCUUAAAACUCAAUGCAUUAUUAUAUUUAGGAACAAAUUCCACUGAAGUGAAAGUUCAUCUUAAGAAGCAGGCAU